GCAGAGCCGGGCGCUCCCGACGCGGAGACCACCGGGGAGGAGUGCAGCUGGGCCGGCCUCUUCUCCUUCCAAGACUUGCGGGCUGUGCACCAGCAGCUGUGCUCGGUGAAUUCGGAGCUGGAGCCCUACCUGCCUGCCUUCCCCGAGGAGCCCUCGGGCAUGUGGACGGUGCUGUUCGGAGCCCCGGAGCUAUCCGAGCAGGAGAUGGACGCUCUCUGUUACAAACUGCAAGUUUACUUGGUGCACAGCUUGGAUACCUGCGGUUGGAAGAUCCUCUCGCAGGUGCUGUUCACCGAGACUGACGAUCCCGAAGAGUAUUAUGAGAGUCUGAGUGAGCUGCGACAGAAAGGCUACGAAGAGGUGCUACAGCGGGCUCGCAGGCGAAUCCAGGAGCUUCUGGAAAGACAUAAGAAUACUGAAAGCAUGGUAGAGCUGCUUGAACUGUAUCAAAUGGAAGAUGAAGCCUACAGUAGUCUUGCAGAAGCUACCACAGAGCUUUACCAGUACUUACUACAGCCAUUCCGAGACAUGAGGGAACUUGCAAUGCUUAGAAGACAGCAGAUAAAGAUCUCCAUAGAGAAUGACUACCUAGGACCCAGAAGAAUUGAGAGUCUGCAGAAAGAAGAUGCUGACUGGCAGAGAAAAGCUCACAUGGCUGUGCUUUCUAUUCAAGAUCUUACAGUUAAAUACUUUGAAAUAACGGCAAAAACACAGAAAGCUGUGUACGAUCGAAUGCGAGCAGACCAGAAGAAGUUUGGUAAGGCAGCAUGGGCAGCAGCAGUGGAACGUAUGGAAAAGCUUCAGUAUGCAGUUUCUAAGGAGACUUUGCAGUUGAUGCGUGCUAAAGAAAUCUGUUUGGAGCAGAAGAAGCAUGCACUGAAAGAAGAGAUGCAGAGCCUGAAAGGUGGUACAGAAGCUAUAGCCCAUUUGGACCAGUUAGAAGCUGACUAUUAUGAUCUACAGCUUCAGCUAUAUGAAGUACAGUUUGAGAUCUUGAAAUGUGAAGAGCUGCUGUUGACAGCACAACUUGAAAGCAUCAGAAGACUGAUGUCAGAGAAGAGAGAUGAGGUGGUAUAUUAUGACACUUACGAAAGUAUGGAAGCCAUGCUUGAAAAAGAGGAUACGGCAACAUCUAUAUACUUGCAAAAAGAAGAGCUGCAAAAGUUACAACAAAAAAUCCGCCAGCUGGAAGCAAGACGUGGACGUAUUUCAGCCAAGAAAGCCUACCUCAGAAACAAGAAGGAGAUCUGUAUCGCAAAGCAUAAUGAAAAGAUCCAGCAGCGUCACCAGAGUGAGGAAGAAUACAAAAUGCACCAUACUGUUCAGCUAAAGCGAGAUCAAUUACAAGAAGAAGAGGAAAGAAAGAGCUCCUGGGUUAGUCAGGAACGACAGAAAACACUGGACAGACUUCGCACGUUUAAACAGCGGUACCCUGGGCAAGUAAUACUUAAAUCAACCAGACUACGGCUAGCUCAUGCAAGAAGAAAAUGUGCAGCCAGCUCAGUGUCCUGUGUUGAUCAGCCUCAAUCUUUGCCAGCAACCAUACAAAUCAAAGAGAAAAGUGAAGAGGUGGAAUCAGAAAAUGCAGUUCAGCCUUUGCAAGCGCAAGAAUUCACAAGCUUAGAACAACUUCAAGAUACCUCGUUACCUCCUGAUGGUCUUAACUCUGAACUGCCUCCUGUUAGUAUUUCUUCACUCACCAGUAAUGAGCUUGAACCAGAGAUUAUUACUGUGGUACCACUUCCACCCCCUUUGCCUCCUCCACCACCUCCACCUCCACCUUUGCCCUCCAAGGAAGAUGCUGCUGCAAAACCCUUGGAGAAAAGUGACAGCUUUGUUAAACGUCAGAGUGAGGAGAAGGGAGUCCAGCACUCUUCUGGUGUCCCACCAGCAUAUCUGUUUGACAGCAGUCAGCUAGUCAGUGCCAAGAAGAAGCUUAAGAAGACUGGUGAUCUAGAGGGUUUACAGAGGAGGAGAGUGAGUUCCCCAAUGGAUGAAGUGCUGGCUUCCUUGAAACGUGGCAGCUUUCACUUAAGAAAAGUUGAGCAAAGAAGUCUCCCUCCUUUUCCUGAUGAAGAUGAUAGCAAUAACAUCUUGGCACAGAUCAGGAAAGGGGUGAAACUGAAGAAAGUGCAGAAAGAUGUUCUGAGAGAGUCUUUUACAAUCCUGCCUGACACCGACCCACUGACACGGAGCAUCCAUGAAGCAUUGCGACGGAUUAAGGAAGCAUCACCUGAAUCAGAGGAUGAAGAGGAGAGUUUGCCUUGCACAGACUGGGAAAAUUAA